AUGAUGAAGUUCUUGCUCCUCGCUGCUUUCGUUGGAACUAGCUCUGCCUUCCUCUUCGGUGGACUAUUAGGUGGAGGAUCUGGUGGUUGUGGAUGUGGUGGCUGCGCCCCAGCUGCUCCUCCAUGCGGUAUUCCUCAAGCACCUCCUUUGGCCAGUCCUUGCGGAAUUGCGGCUGCCCCAAUCAGCCCAUGUGGUGGUUACGGAGCACCACCAGUUUACCAAGGUCCCCCUAGCGGAGGAUAUGCUCAAGCACCAUACGGAGGAGCCGCUCCACCAGUUUUCCCAGCUCCAGCUCCAGGAGGAUACGCUCAAGCACCAUACGGAGGAGCCGCUCCACCAGUUUCCGGAGGAUACGCUCAAGGACCAUACGGAGGAGCCGCUCCACCAGUCUACGGAGGACCAUCCGCUGGAGGAUACUCUCAAGGACCAGUCGGAGGAGCCGCUCCACCAGUCUACGGAGGACCAUCCGCUGGAGGAUACUCUCAAGGACCAAUCGGAGGAGCCGCUCCACCAGUUGUCCAAGCCCCACCCACCGGAGGAUACGCUCAAACCACAUACCUCGGUGCCCAAGUUUUCCAAAGAGGUUCUGAUGCCCCAUCUGGAGGAUACCAACAACCAGCCUCUGAUGCUCCACAAGGCAACUAUCAACUUGGAGGAAAGAAGAAGAACUAA